GGCUGCAGACACAUUUCGCCUGGUAAUAAGAGUAGCAACUUUCCAUGGAGCACAAAGCAAGAGUGGAAACUUUGUGGCUUGUAUGACAGCUAUUUUACGACAAAUGGAAGAUUAUCAUUACGCCCAUUUGAUCAAGACUUUCGGAAAAAUGAGGACUGAUGUUGUGGAUUUCCUGAUGGAAACAUUCAUCAUGUUUAAGAACCUCAUUGGGAAGAACGUCUACCCUUUCGACUGGGUGAUAAUGAACAUGAUGCAGAAUAAAGUCUUCCUGCGAGCGAUUAAUCAGUAUGCAGACAUGCUGAACAAAAAAUUUCUGGAUCAAGCCAACUUUGAGCUGCAGCUUUGGAACAACUACUUUCACCUGGCUGUCGCUUUCCUCACUCAGGAGUCCUUGCAACUGGAGAAUUUCUCAAGCGCGAAGAGAGGCAAAAUCCUUAACAAGUAA